UUGAAAUUGAGGUUAUGUGCGGCCGUUGAAGAUUGUUCAUUCCACGACUAUGUUUAUUGAUAAGUUCAAAAUUAAUAUUAUCAAAAAAUGACAACUGCUUAUAGUGAAAUGGGUGAUUUGUGUGAAAACAAUGAUUUGAAAAUGAAAGAAACCAUUCCAAGUCCAAACAAAAACAAUAACAUAACUGUAAAUAAAAGUGAAACAUUUGAUGCUGAGUUUGAUCUACUUGAAUCUACUUUAUCUGAGUAUAAAGAUCAUGAAAAUUGCUUUGAUGGACAUUCUUGUGUAACCCAAGUCACAAAUGAUAAUUCAAAUGUAAAUGAACCAAGCUUUCCUAACAAUUAUAAUCUUACUACAAACAUUACACCUGAUUUUGAAGUUCAAAAUAUGGCAACAGAUACGCCUAAGUGUGAUGAUGGUAGUACUCAUAAUGGUUCACCAACAACUCAGAAUCCUAAGUCAGUGUCUUGCCAAGGAGUCUUUCAAAACAGUUCUGAAAAAGUGCUUUCACUUUUAGAUAGUGAAUUAAAAUCUGAAAUCAUGAAUGAUAUUUCUUCUGUUGAGGGAGUUGUCUUAAUCACUGACAAAAAACAAAUCCUGAAUAUAAACACUAGUGAAAAACAAUGUGGUGAUCAAACUAGUCUUUCAUUCAACGGUUUAGAAGUAGGGGAUUCCAAUGAAGAACCCAAUGAAGAACUCAAUGUUGGUUCGAGUGAAGAAAAAGACCUUUCUACAAGUUCUUAUAAAGAUUGUAAUAUUUUAAACCAUGUUUCCGAAAAUUCACCAAUUGAUCUUGCAAACAACAAACUUGAAACCAAUUCAACUGGAAACCAACUGAAUUCAAAUUCAGACGUAAAUAAUUGUGAAGAGUUACCUAAAUCCACCCAAAAUAUGGGUGAUGAUGAGUGUUUUCCAUGUUGGUCUAAUGAAUCCAAUAGUAACUCAAAUGCUGCAAGUGAGUGUAAGGAAGUUGAGGAUCCCAAACUUGAGUCUCAAUAUGUUGUUAAUGAAAAGACAAAUGAAGACAAUAGGCAUACAUGCAACGUUGAAGAAAGUUUAGGUAAAAGAAGAGAUCUAUACACCACACCUCAAAAAUAUACAAUUCAAACUGAAUCGGCAGUUGAGUCACAAGGAAGUGAGGUCUCAAGUUUUAAACAAGUAUCAAAUCAAGGGAUGUUUUAUAGCACCCCCAAUGUGUCAAGAAAUGCAGAAGAUACGAACAAUGUAUCUGUAGGGGAUACUUUUUUUGGGUAUGUGUCGCCUUUGAAUGUCAAAUGCUCACAAGGAAAGAAUAACUUAAAACGGAAACAUGUUGGACUUGAACCAAUAGAAGAAACCAAUGAAGAUAGUGAUUCCAUUACUGAGAAAAAAUUGAGAAUUGGAGAAAACAAUCCUGUUGUUGACUCAGAAGAAUUCUCAUCGAAACUGCAAUGUUUUGAAGCACCAGCAAAAUCUUUAUUGAAGAUGUGGCAACCAAGUUGUCUCUCUCGAAAUAUGUCUUCAGGCUUUAUUGUAUUGGACGAAUGUGGUGAUUCUGAAGCCGAAUGUUCUAAAGCUGAUCAAGAAAAUCCCUUUGUAGCUGAUUCCUCAAAAGUCGAUACCUCAAAACUAGAUGACUUUGAGAUAGCUUGUCAAUCCUUAACUGAAGCUAUGAUGAAAAGCUCCUCCCAUAUUGAAACGUUGGAAAAAUAUCACUCCCAAGUUCAACUUGAAAACCAGUUGGACGAUGAAAAAUUUAAUGAAAUUUGGAAGGAGUUAUCAAUGAACGUUGAUCUGGAUGAUAAUACUUGUUUCUCUUUAUUAUCGAUGGAUGAAAGCACAAUAACCAAUGUAGAUAAAACCUGCCUUAAAUCAAUAGCCAUGGAUCAAUCAAAUGAUGCUGACAGCAAGGUCAAUAAUGAUGGGUUUGCAUCAGAAAAUGUGACAAUCGUUGAAGGAAAUAUGUCUGAUGUCCUCUCAUCCAAGGAAAUGGAAGGUCCUAUCGCAAGUGUAAAAAAAGAAUCUGAUGAUCAAGAGCACACUAAUUACAUUGAAGAUUCUAAAAGUAAAAUAAAAGAAGAACCACAAGGUAGUGAUGAAGAGGAAUCUGAUGAUGAAGAAAAAGUUCUUUUGGAGGGAAACAACAAUGAAAAUGACUAUGAAUUUUUUGAAUUUGUUAGCUCAGACCCUAAGGAGAAUGAAGAUAAUUAUAACCCAGAAUGGCAGAAGCUUGGCAGGUUAACAACUGAUGAAGAGAGGUAUAAGGCUGUAAGAGACAGAUGGCGAAGUCUUGUUCCACCUGAUCCCAAUAGAAAUUUGACUUAUCGUCAAUGGAGAGCAAGGAACAAAUUGUCCCCUAUUGAAUUCACCCUAAAUAACAACAACUAUCACACAAUGGACGAUAACAAAAAGAAGCGAUUGUGUACUGCAAUCUUUAAAGAAAAAAUCAAUUCUAUUGCAAAAGAUUUGGAGGAUACCAGGAUGGAUAUUUAUCGCAAGAGGAAUAGAGAGUUUGAACUACUCGGACAUGCUCAAGAUGAAGAACAGCUGAGAGCUCGAAUGAGUGGGUACCCGGAUCUGGGCCGGCUGCAUAGUUACCAUUUGAAUCAAUGCAGAUCAGUAAAAGAGCAGUUUGACUUGGAGCUGAAACGGAUCGAAGAAAUAACAGAAGCAAAAAUACGCAUUUUGAGAGAUGCUGAAGAAGAGGUACUCUUAUUUCAAAAAUUUUACAAAGGUGUCGGUGCUCAAGAUGACACUGAAAUGUACUUGACGGAGAUUCAAGUCCAAGAGUUAAUGGAGACUGAAGAAAUGCUUGAAAAGUAUAAGGAAAUGUACAAUUAAGACGUAGUGUUGACUUUUAUCUAAGCACAGAAACUGAAUAUUGUAUAGUGUUAAUGUGAUGGACCAAAUGAUAUGGUAACAGAAGCUCAAAGAAUUUAUUUAAAUUCUAUUGUGAUAUACAGUAGGAAGAGUGUUUGUUUCUUUUGUAUGAAAAAGACGUUUGGUAUUAGACUAUGCCAUUACCCUGUUUGUUUUAGGUUAUUGAUCAGAAUAUGGUCAAUAAAUAAUUUGGGUAAACAAAUUUAAUUUUUUUAAGAUAAUGACUUUUUAAGACUAUAUCUGAUGCUGCAACAUAGUUUAUGUGACCUCAACUAAAAAGAUAACAUCAAAUUAGUCCUGAAAAAUUAUUUAAAACCUACUUAAUUAUUACUUUGCUUUUUCAACAUUUCAAUUAUAUUAUGCCUGGUAAAAAAUCAAGUUAAAACACAUUGCCCCUUAAUUAUACUGAGAGUAAGAAUCAUAGAGUGGGAAUGGAUCAUUCCCGCUCGCUAAUCAGCUGAUUUUACUGAUGGUGUUUCUACACCAAUCACACCCGCGGAUCCCGUAGGUUAGUUAACAACAGGUAAGAAAAUAACAUAACCUUUAAAAAAAUCAAACAUAAGCAUAUUAGCUAACGUAUUGCUUUCAUCUGAAUCCCUCACUUCAAUGGAUGUAUGUAAAAAAAUUUACCAAAUCACCCAAGGUUGAUAACUGACAGUAGUGUGGGAUACCUUCCUUUUUUUAUUAAGUGAUACCCAUUGUCUACAGAAAAUCCUGGUUUAUGGAAAUUACCAAGAGCUAAUCAACUUGAAUCUUUACCAUUAUCUGCAUUAUAGUUUUAAUAGGAUUUGACUUUUGACAAUUGCUCGCAUAAUACUGUAUAGUAACAGUGGUUACUAGAAGACAGUACAAGCUACAAUGUAAACUGAUUAACUUACAAUUUCAAAAUGUAAUUCUUUUUAUUUAAUAUUUUUUUAGUAAACAAUAAAAUAAAAAUAUAGUGUAAAAUUAACACAUUUUAAUCAAACAAGACAUCUUGUUAUUAGUGAACAUUGCAAACAUUGCAAAUGUACUUAGUUGCAGUUUAAAACAAUAAACGGUCACAGAACAAGUAAUUAGAUUGAUAUGUUUAAAAUAUGUAUCUCUAUUGUCAGUUCAAUUAUUGUUAGUUUCCUAAAAAAGGGAUAAAUUGUAUCCUCUAUUGAUGGGUACCCAAUUUAAACUUAAGUAAAAAUAAUUAUUUAGGAUCAGAACUGGUCAUAUGUAGCACUUAGCAUUUAUGUUACCUAGCCUAUUUUUGUACCAUUAGCAUUUUUUGUGUCUUAUGCGGGGUUUUUAUAGUUCAUUGUUUAAAUUUAUAACUAUUGAAAUGUUAAAUAUAGUUGUUAUUGGAGUCUUACACAAUAUAUUGGGUGAAAAUAUAGUAAAACAAAUUUACUAUCGGCUUAAAGGAAGUUUUAAAAAUUACUCAAUAUCUUAAAACGUAUGGCUUGUUUUAGUUAUUUUUAAUAAGAGCCAUACCAUUUAAAUUAAACUUAAAAUAGUUUCCUCUAAUACAAGGCUGCACCAAACAUUGUGGCAACACCGCACUUGCCAUAGUCUUGACAGUAAUAACAAACGUGUAAACAUAAGCAUUGCACACAUACUCCAUACGUAAUGUGAUACAGCUCUCUCAGUAGGCCGGGACUGUGACGUUGCCAGUUAAGCCUCGCUGCGGCCUAGUACUAGAGGAGGCUAUGAUAAUUGCAUAAAUUUUAAUUCAGUUAUAGACUACUUAAUCUAUUGCAAUGUGAACUUGAAAUACACUUUGUGUAUAUAAUCAAUUUAACCUCACUGUAAACACUAACCGUAUGAAAACUAUAUUAACUAUUCCAAACCAGACAGACAUAUUUUUUUCAGACAUAUCUUGUAUGCUAUCUUUAAGUUUCUUGUUUUAAUAAUUUUUCCUUUGAUUUAGCAUAUUUAUUAAAUUAAAUGUCCAGGUAAACAUUUGUAACUUGUGACUUAGGGCCUACUCAGCCAACUUACAAAAAUAUUAUUAAGUAAGGCCUAAUUCGUAGUCAGCAAACUUUAAAAUGUCUUACUAAUAUAAAGAAGAAGAGGUCCCAUUCUAGUAGCCUACUUCUACUAGGCUAUAAUGUUGGCCGAACAAUAUCUUUUAUUUUCUUCCAAACUGAUGAUUUUGAUGUGAAACCUAGUUUUAGGUAGCAUAUAGAGCUAUGUCAAGUGUCGAAUGUUAACAAAUUUUCUGCUUUAUUGUAACUUUUUGGCUCAAAUUUGACUUACUGACUCAAAUUGGUGAUUUUAUCGUGAUAUACUCUGAAUUAUUCCAAACAUAAAAUAAAUUAUUUUUUGAAUCUUGAGAGUUUUAACGGUUUUUAUUCAAUGUAUAAUAUGUUAUUCUCUCACUUAUAGACUAAACGGGUCUAAUUUAAUUGUACUUAGUUACUAAAAGGUAGCCUACUUUGAGCUAACAAUCUUAACCGUCGUCGUAAAGGAUCGGACCAGGCCAGACUCUUAAGUUUUAAAGCUCCGCAACAAUAAAUAGUUCUUUUUUACUCUAGGGAAAUUAUAAACUCUUAAGAUUUAUAUAAAAAAAAUAACACAAAACCGCAGCUUUACAGCUACUUGUAAGUUACUCUUAAAAAAACUAUGCUUUAAUAAUUCUUAUCAAAUGGCGACCAUACAAAGUAGGUAUUUUAAGCCAAGUAUGAAUGGAAAUGAGUGGCGCGAUCUUGUAGUCUUGUUAGUGACUUGUUUGUUAUGCUCCUGAAAAAAAAAACUAUGAACACAUUUAACAUAUUGGUAACGUACAGUACAUAACUAUGAGGCAAAGUAGGACUAGGUCCUAGAACAUCCCCAUUUGGCUCAUUUCCCACUGAAACGUCAAAUUAACUAUUGACUUUUUUGUGUUUAAUACUUCUUAAUUCAAUACUAUUAUAAUUUAAAAUUCAGUAUGGUCCCUGCUUAGUUUUGGAAAACUACUACAAGUCAUAAAAAAAGGAAAAAUUUACAUGCUAGUUUAGUGGUUCAUAGUAGGCUUAUAAAUCAUUGAGAUUUACCCUUGAAAAAUGUGCCGGCAAAUCAUAACUUCCUUACACUUUAUUGUUCUAUUUUAAAUGUUUCUAGAAACCUAAAAAGUUUUACACAUUAAUUUUUUUAUAGAUCCCCUUAUAUUAAUCACAUUUUCUAUUUAUUCUCCCGUAUUGUCUGACAGUAAGCUUAGUCAUAUGAAGUACAAAAUCCAUAUAGCUAUAAUAGAAGUUAACCACUAUUUUCAAUUGAUAAAAAUAUAACAAAAUGAAGGCGGUUAAGAUAAGUGGCUGGUAAGGUACCAAAAACCACAUUUUGAUGACUGUAAAUAGGUAGUGUUAGCAUUUAUUUUUUAUAGUAGUUUGUUAAUGUUUUGUUAAGUUUGUAUUUUUUAAACCUGAGUAAACGUAGAUGGUUUUAAGUGCAGUAAGUACCUGUUGUGUAGAUAAAAUGUUAGUUGACAUUAAUGUAUUUUUGAUACAUUUUCAGAGGGUUUGCAUUUGCAGGCUUAAGGUUGGAUACAUCCUACCAAAUGUGUUUGCCAAAAUAUUUCCAGUAGGCCUACUCAGAAAUCCAACCCAUUAAAUUUCAUUGUGAAUGACAUAAAUAAAAUGGCAAUUCAUUAAAAAUAAUUUAAUUUAUGUUCCUCGUAUAAUAAGUUGUCAAGCAAAAAUCGUAUUACUGUAUGCACUUUCAAAUUCUUUUUUAGUGAAGAAAUGUGCAAAAAAUAACAAACAGGAUAAAUUAACAAUGUUGCUAUGUUUAUAUGUUUUAUUUAUAGCAAAAAUUCUAAAUAAAAUAAUUUAAUGUGCCAUGAAAAAGAGGAAGUAUGUAAGUUACUCUAUUGGCCAAAAUUACCGCGUUAUAAAUAUGCCACCCAAAACUAAUUUAAUUUAAUUAAAU